AUGCCGCGAGGCAAGCUAAUCGUCUUCGAGGGUCUCGACCGUGCGGGCAAAACAACGCAGUGCCGGCUGCUCGUGGAGGCGCUGGAGAGGGACGGGCAGAAGGUCGAGUUUCUGCGGUUUCCCGACCGAAGCACGCCAAUCGGGCAGAUGAUCAACAGCUACCUCGCGGGCGAGACCGCGCAGGAAGACCACGUGAUCCAUCUCCUGUUCAGCGCGAAUCGAUGGGAAGCUGUUCCCAAAAUCCUCUCCCACAUCCAAUCCGGCACCACCGUCGUCCUCGACCGCUACUACUACUCCGGCGCCGUGUACAGCGCGGCAAAGCAGAACCCCAGCAUGUCUCUCUCGUGGUGCAGAAACGCCGACGUCGGCCUCCCGCGGCCGGAUCUGUGUGUUUUUCUCGACAUCGCGGCCGAGGCGGCGGCGAAGCGUGGCGGGUUUGGGGGCGAGAGGUACGAGACGGAGGCGUUGCAGGGGAGGGUGCGCGAGCUGUUUCGUGAGCUGAGGGAGAGGGGGGAAGGUGGGGAUUUCGUGGUUGUGGAUGCUGGGCGCGAGGUGGAGGUUGUGCGGGGGGAGGUGGAGAGGGUGGUUAGGGAGAGGGUUGGGGGUGAGGUUGGGGAGUUGAGGACGGUUGGGGAGUGGUGA